CACUGCGAUCCACCAGUAACAGAAGUCGAUUUGUGGUUAACUCAGAAAAAAUUUAACCGGACAACAAAUGUUAUAGAUGUGACACUAUCAACACCGUGGCCACUUAGUGAUGACAUCAGAAUGGAGAUAAAGGCAGCAACCAAGAAGGACGGCGGUUACAAACCGGGUUCCUACUACAUGAAUGGUCCGUUUUGUCAAACUGUACGUGCGCUCAUUGGGGACUUGUUCAAUGCCAUUUUAAAUGCUACUGGGGUUGAGGACUGUCCCAUGCCAGGUGAUGUAAGACUGGACGGCUACUAUGUGGACAGUGACAAACUGAACGAUCAAAUGUUGUACGGGGACUACCGAGUCGAAAUAUUCUUUUUUGUCGACAAUGAAUUGAAAGGAUGUUACCUUCUGUACAUGCAGUUGAUGGCUAAAGAAGAAGAAUAA